UCCCGGGCUCCGCAGCGCCCCGGCGUCGCUCCUCGCGUCUGUGCAGGCACUUCCAGGCACCGUCCGGGCCCGCCCCGGUACCCACACACGGCCGCCGGCCGUGCGAGGACUCGCGGCUCGACCUCCCCCGGCGCCGGCGGCCGCUGAGGGGAGCCGAGCUCCCCGUCGAGAUGGGACGAGGGCAGCGGGCCGGCGCGGCGCCCGGCAUGGAGGGCGGCCGGUCCCGGCCGAGCCGACUCGAGCCCGGCUGUCUCCGGGACAACCGCCGUUGGCGGCCGCGGCCGGGCGGACAGGCGGCGCCAUGAGCGAGCAGCCCCCUCCGCGGCCCCUCUACUUCCCCCCCUUCCACGACCGCGCCGAGGCCGGCGCUCCCCCGGCCGAAGGCGGCGGCCCGCGGAAGCUCUUGGCGGCCGUGUGCGGGCCGUGGCAGUCCCCGCCGGCCGCUGUGGCGCCCCGCUGGCCCGCGGGGCUGGCGCCCAUCGCCUACGAGCCGCUGCGUUUCUUCUGCCCCGCGGCGGCGGAGGAGAGCGCGGUCGCGGCGCGGCGGCCCGGGGAGCAGCCGCAGCUGGAGGGCGAGAUCUGCGAGCUGGGCAUCCGCCUCAAGGAGCUGGAGCUGCUGGCGCUCGUCGGCGACGGCUUCGACCCGCAGCAGUAUAAACUUCUGAAGGCGCUGAAAGAAGAAAAGAUAAAAGGCAUGAAAGCAAGGCAGAAACUGAAGAAACAGCCACCAACAUGAUGAAGAUUAUUUGGGCUGGAUGUUCUGUUACUACGGAGUAUUUUAAUGGAUCUUCACUAUAAUUUUUCUACUUAUUACAUGCUAUUCUCUUACUGAAUUAAAAAAAUACAGUAUAUUGUCUUGUUGACUUUUUUGUAUGUCAUUUCUCUGGUACUAGAUAUUGAGAAUGCUGGUAUGCAUUUUACAUUUCUUUCUCCGAGUACUAUAGACAAACGGUGGAUAGUAUUUUCUUCAAAAACACUAAGAAAUUAAUACUGCUGAUAUCAGGAUUCCCACCAGUCCAACAAUGAGGUUCAGGAUACGGGUAGCAGCGAAACAGGAAUUCUAAUAUAAAAUAUGUUUGUAUUUUGUUAUUAAUUACAAGUAAGUGCAACUGAGAGUAAAUAGAUAUGCUUAGAAGCCCCAUGCCUGUAAGGGAGCUUUAGAAAACUACCUUCAUGGUAGCAUAAAAAUCUGUUACAAACAAGCAUAGCUUAUUGUCUUAAAUGUUCCACCGAAGUGUUGAAGUUAUGGCUUAAGUUAGUUUUUAACAGAACAGUUGUAAAACAUUGAAUUUCAACUAACAUUUUACUAUUAUUUUAGGAUGAAUGGUGCUUAGGCUGAAGUCUGAGGCAGUUUUAGGAAUGACAACAUCUUUAUGUUUGGAAGGAUUUAAGAGAAAAUGGGCAGAGACAGCAAUAACAGACUAAAGAUCUGGAGAGCAUCUGCCAUGUAAAAAAGUAAUGCCAUGUAUAGCAUUGAGAAUAAGUAAACAGGCUUAUCAGACUGAUAAUGGGUUUUGGUAGAUAAUUGCUUUUUCUUGUUCUAAUUCAAGAGCAGUAGGUGGCAGUAUGAAAUAAUGGUGAAUAGUUACCACCCCUGAAGCUAUCAUAUUUUCACAACUUUUUUUAAAAAAAGAACAGUAUUUCAAUCUGUUUUUUUAAAUUGCAUUAGAGUUGCUCAACUGUG